AUGAGCUACAUACAGAACACCUGUGCCACUUCGCAGGAGAAAAGCGACAUGUUUGUCACCUCGUUGGACGUUUUUAGUAGACGAAAUUACUUUGACCGAUACACUACUCACGCCAACACUGAUAUGGUUCCUGCUAUCCCGACUUGGACAAAGGCGCAGUUUGAUAAAUCGCCUACGGGUGCUGCAUCUUCCAACGCGCAUACAUUAGACGGUGGUGCAGAAAAUAGCGAUGCUUUCGAUGAGUCUGCGGUCGCGAAGGUAAAGCGUUUUUCUUCACCCAGCGCUUUCACGGCUGCGAAUUCUGUAAUGGAUUUUUUAAAAGAAAAUCUGGGAGGAGUUGUGCUUCCGGACGAUAAAGUAGGACAGGACAUACUCUUGGAAAGACGUCGUUGUUUUUUCGACUCCCUCUUUACAAUGGGAGAAGAAGUGCGAACUGCCUUGCCGUGUCGAUUUUCUACCAACAACAUUAUCAGCGUAUUUUGCAAUACCCCUGAUGAGCCUCUGAGCACCACAGAGUCGUAUAGAAAGCGCCUAGCUGCUCUCGAACACCUUCGCGCAACUCUAGGCUGUGAAGAAUAG